AUGAUCGGUGCUUACCUGCACACCAGGGGCGUGGCAGCCUCGGCCGGUCUGGCGGUAUGCGCUGUACUCCUAAUGCAGGCCGGGGAACCUCAGGGACCCGUCGUGGGCACCGAGGUAUCCACUUGGAUGGACAAAGCGCUCCAAGGAGCUGCAGUGCACGCGGGAGUGUGCGUCUUCAUCGGGGUGAUAGUCGUCCUGUUUACCGCCUUAUACAAGUUGCUCUUCAGCCCGCUGGAGCUCCUCAAGGCGCCCGAGGAUGUGGGAUACCUGACGGAGGACGGUCGCUCCAAGGCGCGCAACGCCAACGACGUGCGCCGCCGUAGGAAGACAGGAGACCUGCCUCCGGUUUACCCGAACGGAUGGUACCGAGUUAUGGACUCUCACAUGCUGCGGAAAGGAGACGUCAGAGAUGUUACGAUGCUUGGGGAACAGCUAGCAGUGUUUCGAGGCGAAGAUGGGAAAGUCUACGUGGUUGACGCCUACUGUCCCCACUUGGGGGCCAACCUGGCUGUGGGAGGACGUGUGGUGGGAAACUGUGUUGAGUGUCCCUUUCAUGGAUGGCAGUUUCGGGGGGACGAUGGCAAAUGUGAGAGGAUACCUUAUGCUGAAAAAGUACCUGAUUUUGCGAAGGUGGACACUUGGCCCAGCUGUGAAGUUAAUGGUCAGAUUCUGCUUUGGUUUCACUGUGAUCGAGAAGAUCCACAGUGGACUGUCCCGGAACAGCAGGAGAUCACCAAGGGCGAGUGGGUCUAUCGAGGCAGAACAGAACAUUUUGUCAAUGCCCACAUACAGGAGAUCCCUGAAAAUGCGUCAGACAUCUCUCACCUGUCUCACCUACACACGGCAAGUAUUGCCAGUGGAGCUGACCUUCGCUACACAAACAGCAAAACCUGGCACUUUGUACGACAUGAGUGGAAAGCUCAGUGGGCACCAGAGUCCUUCCCCAACAACCAUUGUUCUCAGAUGCUGGUGAAACAUGCUCUUUAUGUGUUUGGAUGCCAUUGGCCUGUGUUGGAUCUUCAUGUCGUUGCAAGACAGGUCGGGCCAGGAGUGGUGCUUAUGCGAUUUGACCACAGUUUUUUGGGAAGUGGAGUUAUUAUGCAGGGUGUGACACCAGUGGAGCCCCUGUUGCAGUGUGUCUCGCAUACAAUCUUCUAUCAGUCAAAUAUUCCCUCCCUGGUGCCCAAAUUCUUCCUCAAAGCAGAAUCCAUCCAGUUUGAACGGGAUGUUAUGAUCUGGAACAACAAGAGGUACAUCUCCAAGCCUCUCCUGGUGAAGGAGGAUUCAGCCAUCCAGAAACACAGACGCUGGUACAGUCAGUUCUACAGUGACAACAGCCCCCGAUUCCAAUAUCAGCAUGACACUUUAGACGUUUGA